ACCUCUGGGGAGGAGUGGGUGGGUGGGGACUCUGUGAGGUGGCGAAGACACUGUCGUCGUAGCCGGUCUGCUGAGCGGACAAAACCCCUGGUGCCCCGGGGAGGGGCGUCACCAGGGAAAGGAGGAGCAGUAAGAGGAGGGAGGUAGAAGGGAAGGGAGAGGCUCUCUGCUUAAGACCUCUCGAGGCUCUGACCUCAGGGACUAAGGAAGCCAGUUUCCUCCACCUGUGCUGCCUGAAGAGGCCACGACCCUGGAGGAUCCUAAGCUAACUGAUCCAGGGGCCCCAGCACCACCCCGGGGUUCUAAAGCAACAGUCUCAGGGAUCACUUCAAGGUUUCCAGUUGCCUAGACAACGAUCCCUGGGUUUGAGCCACAACCCUUCCAGCAUCUGGCCUCAACUGCAGCCUCGGGCAGCAGUUCCAGUACUCUGCCUGCCCACCAAUCCAGGUGACAUGCCGGUGCUCUCCACUCCGCGACCCUCGCGGGCGACCACGCUGAAGCGCACAGCUGUGGUCCUGGCCCUCACAGCUUAUGGAAUCCACAAAAUCUACCCUCUAGUACGGCAAUGUCUGACUCCGGCCAGAAGCCCUCAGGUUCUAGCUGGGGAGCCCACACAAGAGGCCUCUGGGGCCACCGCAGCCAAGGCUGGCAUGAACCGGGUAUUCCUGCAGCGGCUCCUGGUGCUCCUGAGGCUGCUGUUCCCCCGAGUUUUGUGCCGGGAAACAGGGCUACUGGCCCUGCACUCUGCUGCCCUGGUAAGCCGAACUUUCCUGUCUGUGUAUGUUGCCCGCCUGGACGGCAGACUGGCCCGCUGCAUUGUACGUAAGGACCCGAGGGCCUUUAGCUGGCAACUGCUCCAGUGGCUCCUCAUCGCCCUUCCUGCCACUUUCAUCAACAGUGCCAUCCGCUACCUAGAAGGCCAGCUGGCCCUGUCUUUCCGAAGCCGUCUAGUAGCUCAUGCCUACAGCCUGUACUUUUCCCAGCAGACUUACUACCGAGUAAGCAACAUGGAUGGACGGCUUCGAAACCCUGACCAGUCUCUGACAGAGGAUGUGGUAACCUUCGCUGCCUCUGUAGCCCACCUCUACUCCAACCUGACCAAGCCACUCCUGGAUGUGGCUGUGACCUCCUACACUCUCCUUCGUGCUGCCCGCUCCCGAGGAGCUGGCACAGCCUGGCCCUCAGCCAUUGCUGGCCUGGUGGUGUUCCUCACAGCCAAUGUGCUUCGAGCCUUCUCUCCUAAGUUUGGGGAGCUGGUGGCAGAGGAGGCAAGGAGGAAGGGGCAACUGCGCUACAUGCACUCUCGAGUGGUGGCCAACUCAGAGGAAAUUGCCUUCUACGGGGGCCAUGAGGUGGAACUGGCACUACUAGAGCACUCCUAUCAAGACCUGGCUUCACAAAUCAACCUCAUCCUGCUGGAGCGCCUAUGGUAUGUCAUGCUGGAACAGUUCCUCAUGAAAUAUGUGUGGAGUGCAUCUGGCCUGCUCAUGGUAGCUGUCCCCAUCAUCACAGCCACUGGCUAUGCAGAGUCAGACUCAGAGACCAUGAAGAAGGCAGCGUUGGAAAUGAAGGAGGAGGAGCUGGUUAGCGAACGCACAGAAGCUUUCACCAUUGCCCGAAACCUCCUCACAGCUGCUGCGGAUGCCACCGAGAGGAUCAUGUCAUCCUACAAGGAGGUGACAGAGUUGGCUGGCUACACGGCCAGGGUAUACGAGAUGUUCCAAGUAUUUGAUGAUGUCCAACACUGUCGUUUUAAGAGGACAGGAGAUCUAGAAGAGGCUCAGGGUGAGCCUGGGGCCAUAAUACAGUCUGGUGUCCAUGUAGAGGGGCCCCUGAAGAUCCAAGGCCAGGUGGUGGAUGUGGAGCAGGGGAUCAUCUGUGAGAACAUACCCAUCAUCACACCCACAGGAGAGGUGGUAGUGGCCAGCCUCAACAUCAGGGUGGAAGAAGGCAUGCACCUGCUCAUCACAGGCCCCAAUGGCUGUGGCAAGAGCUCUCUAUUCCGAAUCCUGGGUGGACUCUGGCCCACAUACAGUGGUGUACUCUAUAAACCCCCACCCCAGCGCAUGUUCUAUAUUCCUCAGAGGCCUUACAUGACCGUGGGCUCCUUGCGUGACCAAGUGAUCUAUCCCGACUCUGUGGAGGACAUGCGGAGGAAGGGCUGCUCGGAGCAGCAGCUGGAAGCCAUCCUGGGCAUUGUGCAUCUCCGCCACAUCCUGCAACGGGAGGGAGGUUGGGAGGCUGUGUGUGACUGGAAGGAUGUCCUAUCUGGAGGUGAGAAGCAGAGGAUUGGCAUGGCACGCAUGUUCUACCACAGGCCCAAGUAUGCCCUCCUGGAUGAGUGCACUAGUGCAGUGAGCAUUGAUGUGGAAGGCAAGAUCUUCCAAGCAGCCAAGGAUGCUGGUAUCGCACUGCUAUCCAUCACCCAUCGGCCCUCCCUAUGGAAGUACCACACACACUUGCUGCAGUUUGAUGGGGAGGGAGGCUGGAAGUUUGAGAAGCUGGACUCUGCGACCCGCCUGAGCCUGACUGAGGAGAAGCAGCGCCUGGAGCAGCAACUGGCAGGCAUCCCCAAGAUGCAGGGGCGCCUUCAAGAACUCCGCCAGAUCCUUGGCGAGGCUGCAGCCCCAGUUCAGGCCCUGGUCUCUUGACUAAGCACCUUCCCCCAGCCUCCACCCUUCUCCAGGCUCUCAGAUUACAUGAAGGAAGCUGCAACUCCUACCCUACCCUCCCUGCCCUGCAUGUCUUCUCCCAAGCCUUCUAGCCAGUUACGUGACUUCCCUGAAGAUCCCACUCUUAAGCAAGUAGAUAUGAAUAUGACACUCUACUUCCAACUCCCAGCCCAUCUUCCACUCUAGGGUCUGUGCCAUGAACUGUGCCCUGUUCAGGGCAAUGUGUCCUUUACUUUUCUCUGGGGAAGGGUGGAAGGUUUGGAAGUCCUCAGUCCUGACCCUACACCAGCAUGGCUGAGCCAUAGGAAGUAAGUAGGAGCUGGCCCCCUACUGCCAGCAGCCAGAAUAUGUGACAAGCCUAGUGGUUAUGGGUUACAUCCCUCUUGAAACCCAAAUCCUCAUCAUUCCUUUGGUCCAUCCCUUUGUUGCCAUCCCCUAGGGUGGCCAGCCAAUACCCCUGUCCCACAGGACACUGCCGCUCCCCUCCCCCCGCCUGUGUGCCAUGUUCUGCCAAAUGGGGUCCAGGAUCAGACAGGGUCUAAAUUGUGCCCUUCCCCAUUGUAACCCCAAGAAUGACAGUGUUUUUCCUGAGCCAUGAUAAGAAUGUAGCCCUGGCCCUCCGACUCCUCUACCUUCUAUAACCUAAUUUAUUGGAUUCCCAAUUUAUAGCUUUCUGGAUUGUCAACAUGAACACCCUGCCAGCACAAGAGGUGACUGGGUGGACCCUUCAAUCUACCCAGCCUCUGGUGCCAAACCUGGCCCCUCACCAGCCUACACUGCCAGUUGCCACUGGGGUUGUCCUCUGCCAGCUAAGCAGGAGUGAGGGCACCAUGUUCCCAGCUCAGUGCCAAAGAGGGGUCACAGGAGGUGUUGUGUCUGCUAAGCCAGCCCUCACCAAGAGGAAGACCCCCCCCCCACUGCCACUGUGUGCCUUUCCUGGGCCCUCAGCCCUCUGGCUGUGGUGCCCCUUCAGUCCUCAGUAAAAACCUUUGGAAAACA